AUCUGUUGUUAUUUAAAGAAAUCAAAGAUAGUAACAAGCUUGAAGAAAAGGCAUAAAUCUGCAAAGAUAGAUGACAGAUUGGACAAAAUAUUAAAAACACUGAAGGAUUACCAAAACAUCAAUAAGGAGAGAAUUAGAGUACGAGAGAAAGUUUGCCAAAAAUAUAAAAACAGAAAGGGAAAGGUUUGUCAGUUAAUUUUAAAAAAAAGAAUUAACAAUGUCAAUUAUAGAAAACAAGGCUGCGGAAUUAGUAAUAGAGAAUAAAGAGAUGGCAGAUGAAUUGAACAGAUAUUUUGCAUCAGUCUUCAUCUCAAAGAUCGAAAGUAGCUGUAAAUCAGGAACUGAAAAUGACAGAGAAACUCAAGAGGAUUACAAUUACCAGGGAAAUAAUAUUGAGUAAGCUGUUGAAAUUGUGAGUUGACCAUCCAGAGUUCUGAUGGAUUUCAUCAUAGUGUCUUAAAGGCAGUAGCAAAUGAAGGAUUGUUUUGUUGUUUUAAUUUACCAAAACUCAUUAGAUUUGAGGAAGACUAAACAAAAAGAAAGAGAAUUAUAGAUGCUGGAAAUCUCUGGAACGCUGCAGCAAGUCUGAGACAGAGAUGUUGGAAUGGGAACACAGGCAUGGGCUAAAACGGCAGGCAGCUGGAAAUUCGCAAUCACCUUUGCAGAUAGGAUGUGUUGCUCCUUGAUUCGCAUCUCUUUCUGCUCUCUGCCUCGACAGACGCUGUGCAAAACGUACAAACCGUUAUCCCCGAUGAAGAGAGCGCAGCUGAUACGCAGCAACAACAACCUCAUUAAGGCACCACACAAACGCAGAAACCAAUAAGGGGGUUGAGGUGGUAAUAGAUGUUUCCAUUAUUUUCUGCCUCUUGUUUUGCUGGAAGUGACGCAGUCCAGCAGCAUCUUGUCCGGAAGCAUUUGCCCGAGAGAGUGAAACCGUUGGCAGUGAGAUGCUGAACUGUUAGGGUGUGUGGCAGGUACCCUGUCCCAGGGACUGGUCUCAGAGACAGCGGCUGCUCCCAGAGCCCGGGCUGGACGUGCCAACAGGUUGGAAUAAAUCUCAAUCUGUAUGAAUUAUUCUCGAUUUCCAUCAAUCAGGCUACUAUGGGAUUACAGACAAAAUACGUUUCCGCAGAGAGAAACCAACGGAGGAAAUGAAGGAAACCAGGAAACAGAAGUUGCUGGAGAAACUCAGCAGGUUUUGCGGGCAGAGAAACAGAAGUAACUGUCUAGAGAAGGGGCACUGCACUCGAGACAUUAGCUCCACUUUCUCCCCACAGGGACAGUAUGGAGUCCAAUUGUAAUGACGAUAGUGAGACCCCAUUGCCAAACUUAACGCCACGGCAUAAAGAGCUUGUACCCACACCAUGUGGUCCAAUGAAACAAUGUUCGGAAUUAUCUUGUUUCGAGAAGGUAUAUGUUGCUGCAGCAAUCCUUUCUCUCAUUGCCAUGUUGGUUGUGACUAUCCAAAGUAUUGUAAUUCAGGUGAAAGAUGGUAGUAAAGAUCCAACCCAGGAAGAUUUCACCAUCUCAUUGAUACAGCUCAUUGGAAUAGUGUUCUGCUUUUACUAUGUGCUGCAUGGGAUUUUCCAGGAAAAUCGCCAGGAGCUAAUUGCAUUUGUCCUCUCCAUUUUAUUCGUUGUGAUCCGAUCUGUGGUGAACUUUGCUUCAGCGACACCAAUGGAAAGAGCGGAACUGCAGAUACGAUUCGGUUUCAUUUUGACAUUUGGGGUGUUCCUGAUGCUGAUCAGUAUCAUCUACCUGAUUAAGAGUCCCAACAUGAUGGCUUUCAGAGUGAGUGGAGCCUUUGAAACAUCCCAGUCACAGUACCUCAUGGUGUUUCUCUGCUUCUCUAUGGUGACAUUUGAUCUUCAAACGCAGGCUGCUUCUCCCACAGACGGUGUUGCAUCAGGCCUGUGUCUCUGUGUACUUGUCUUGACCUCAGGAGCAAGUCAUAUUUCACUUGAGCAUUCGGUCAUCCUGGGCGUGGGCAUCUGCUGGGCUGUUUUAAAAGCAGUCAUUGGCCUCAUAGCUAUUCUAAAGGAAAUUAAGUGUCUAGUCUGGAUCUUUAUGAUACAAAAUCUACCUGAACUGGCCUACCUGGGUUAUUUACUGUACCUGGUUAUCUCCGAAUGGGGAUUAAAUGGAACUUACGUUCUGGAAGCUGGUGCAGUGACUGGUGCUACACUUUCUGUUAUCAUCAAAGCUGUCCUUGGUUGCUCAAUGAUCAAGGUUUCCCGCUGUUUUGGACAGGGUCUACACGAAAGAAGUAAGUUGGCAUCUUUCAAGCCUUCAAAUAUUGAUGGGGUAACUUGACAGCAGCUUCCAAAGCUCUGCCACCCAAAAGGAAACGGGUAAAUAGGAACACCGUGUUCCCCUCUGAGUUCUUCCCAUUCUGCCUUGGAAAUAUAUCACUCAACUGUUGUGGUUCUGUUCGCCGAGCUGG